AUGUUAGAAAUCUUGUACGCAAUAGUGUUUGGUGUAUUGAGCUAUCUAGCUUUGGCAUGGUUGGUUCCCAAAGUAAUCGGGUAUGUGCUGAAACAUCUGUACAACAUCGAGAUCAAUGUCGGCCGGAUAAGUCUGCCUUGUGCUUUGCGUGAUGUCACGGUGUGCAAAAGUGGCUUCUCGGUGCAGAUCGACGAGAUCAGCCUGCAGAGUAGUUUCGUUAACUCGGAUGUCUCGAAACUGCUCUCCAUCAACGUGCGGGAUGUUCGGAUCAACAAGGACAUCAACAAAAGCACGUCAGGCAGUGGUAGCCCAGGGGGCAGUCCUGGUGCUACCAGCCGUGACACCGAAUGGUCCGCCCAUCCUCGCUCUCCACCAACAACUGGAAGCAUAGGGCGGCGGAAUAUGCUGGACUUUCGGGAAAAGAGAAUACCGCCGCGAAUUCUGAAGAUAGCCCAGUUUAUGGCCGUGCACAUCAGUAACAUUUCGGUGGCAUUACUGAACAGUGCCCAGGAGCCGGGAUGGUUACUCCACGCCACCGCUAAAGAGCUUCACCUGGAUGGGAGUCUCGUGCACAGCACGAAAUCGCUACUCGUAUCGGCUUCACUAUGCGAGGCGCAAGCAAAAAUACUACGCCAUUGCCUCUCGACACCGAAGCGACUGGAGCGUUCGCGUAAGAUAUCUGAUCUUCCCCAACCAUGCCUGGGAACGCUAAGCUUUGGUAUUGCGCUCGAUGCGGUACUCAUCGUCGAUGCACCGAUGUCACUGGAAAAGCUCACUCUCGCCAUGACCAAUACGAAGGUUGUUCUGCACGGUGGUCUAUACGACUUCAUAAAGGACGCGCAGGCACAAAAACGUCGACAGCAAAUGCUUUUGCGGCAGCUGGAUGGGGCAACAGAUGGGGUGGAUGCCAAUAACCAGCAAGAAGCACCGGAUGCCGAGGAGACGCUUACCUUCAGCGAAAUGUACCUACGGUUGGCACCGAUUGUACCGAAAAAUUUUUCCCUUAAAGUGGAAAACACAACGAUCGGUGCAGUGCGAGAAAACUCGUCACACGACUUCGCUGCCACGCUGGCAACGUUCGCUGUGUCGAGCAAGUUCAGCAACCGACCAUCGUGCGUCACCGAGCUGCCGCUCGUGUACGUCGGAAUGCAGCUGCAACAGCUCGAGAUCGAUACCCGCCACGAGAAGCUGCUCUAUCUGGCCCAGUUCAGUGUCGACUCAAAGCUCGAGGGAACCCUGGUGAACGUUUAUUCGAAACUGUCCUCAUUUGUGCUCAUCUACAACCAUCGGGAGAUAUACGGUUGGAUAAGUAAAAACUUUUUCCCCACCGACAUGGGAUCCUCCGGUCAUCUCAAUCCAAAGAGCUUGAAACUUUCUGGCCUGGCGGAUAAGUGCCGCCGUGCAAGGUCGGGUCCCACCGGAACGGGCAUGCUAGAAGCGUUUCUCAAACGGGUCGUCGUGAAGGGUUGCGCGGAACUGUGGGAUGUUACGGCGGUGUUCAAGUUUGGUCCAUCGCAAGUAUCGUCGAUCUGCUGUAACCAUGCCAAGUUGCUGCUGGAACAGUUCGCCGAGCGGCGCAGUAAGGUGUACGAAAACCGGUGGGUAAAUCUAUUGCUCGAUCGUCGCCAUUGGAGCGCCGAACUGCUGAUCGAAUCGGUCUGGUGGUCGCUUAGUGCGAACCUUUCCCACAAGGACAACGCGCAGAGUCUUAAGAAGAGCCACAUACGCGGCAGUCCGUUCUACAUAGCGAUGAGUCUGAGCAAGCUGAGCAGCCAUGGGGACACGACGAAGCUCGACUUUUCCGUCCACACGCUUCGGGUGGAGUAUAGUCCGACGCUGGCGGAUUGUUUGGUGAACGCGAAGCGUUGCCUCGAGCAGUAUCGUGACGUUCGACCGUCUCUCGGUUCCACGGCGAAAGGAACGUCCAGAGUUAGCCAGCAGCGUGGUCUGCUGCCACUGGUAGGCGAUCUGAUGGUAAAUGCGCGCAUUACCGACAUUUCAGCGUUCUUCUUCAACGCGUAUGAGACGUGUGUACUGGCGAAUUUGAACGAACUGACGGUCGGCCGGUCGGCGUUAAAGAAUUUUGUGCGCUUCGAUAGCUUCCAGAUGGAGAUACUCGACUUCCGGCAUAUCACAGGCUGCGAUUACGGUUCGGCUGAGCUACAGAACGUAUUCGUCAACGUAAAGGGCAUCCGUGUGGAAUACACGGACGUCGGGGGCAUUUCGAAGCUAGAUGUUUGGCUGCUCGAAGAUGCGGUGGUGAUGUGGAACGCAAAUCUACAUAUGCAUCUCGUUACGCUGCUCCAAGAAAUGAAGGCGUUGCGCGGCGAACUGAAAGCGAAGGCACCUUUCUCCGAGUCAUCUUCCGAGCUGCCCGUGCCGGAGAAGGAGGAGGAGGAAAAGGAGGACACGGUAAACGCUACACGAUACAGCCGCUCGUCUUUUUUCCGCUCUAUGGUGCUAGACUUGCACGCUGAGGGUAACGUCGAGUUUGGGAUAAAAAUCAGCGAACGACACUCGAUGCAAGUGUUUGGGGAGAAUGCGUACGUUUGUCGGAAGGGACGGUGGCUUCUGGCAAUUGAGAACAUUGUAAUCAAAAUUGACGAUCAGCACAUUUUUACGUUCAAGGACGUUGAUGUUCAGUCGCUCGACCGGGUGGAGCUACUGUGCGAGGAACGACAGAACUAUGAACACUUCCAACUGCCCUCCAACCGUGUAUGGGCCACGACGAUCGGAGGCGUCAAGGUUAUCUUUCCCUACGAGCAUGACUUUUAUGGCGCGAUAGUGAAUGAGUUCGUAUCGAUCUACAAGUGGCUCAAAGUGGUGCACAACUACAAAAAGAAACCCUUCACAAUCAAUUCACCUUUGCCAAGCGAUAUGAUUAUACAGAUCAAAGAAUUCCUACUGGAAAUGAGUGACGACCCGUUUGAGGUGAAGCUGCGCGAUAACUACGUUCUCCUGCUGGAUGAGUAUCACGAGAGCGUAAAGCGGAAGGACCUGUUCGAUCAGAAGAUAGCGCAGCUCUGCUCAGAACGUCUGAUGCUACCACCGGGUACACUAGAGGAGCUGAACGCGAACCUCAUCAAGAAGAACUCGGAAAUCUACAUACAACGUUCGAAGCGCAUUUCUGAAGCCGGUCCACCGCGCACGCGGUUGAUUGCGUGGAUCAUGACCGAUCUGGAGAUCAUGGCCAUGGCCGAUCCGUCUCUACACGGGGCGGAUAAUGCGAUCCGUAUGAUACGUCUACUCGAUCCGGAAAGCCCAUGGCCGGACGAGGGUAUCGAAUUCGUGACACUUUGGUGCCGGGCGGUCAACAUUGGCUGCACCGAGUGGAAGUUUAUGCUGCGUGACUACCCCCAGCCGAUGUUUCAUGUGAAGGCGAUGCAUCUGUUCGGGACGCUGGCGGGGGCGGAGAUGGCCCCACCGAGACGGGCUAAGCGAGACGUGGAGAUCGAAAUAGGCGAACCGUUCGGAACGCACACGGUACAGCGCAGUAUGACAUCGAUCAAGUUCUAUCACGACUUCAACUGGGAGUUAGAGUACCUAGCGUAUGCGUUCGGUCCGUGCUGGGAACCGGUGAUGGCACAGUGCAAUCUGAUGAUGGAGAAAAUAUCGGCACCAUCGCGCGAUCCGAGCCCACCGCUUCCGUUCUGGGACAAGAUGCGCCUGCUGAUGCAUGGUCAGCUGUCGAUUAUUGCCAAACAGUUUACGAUCCUGCUGCACGCCUCGCUCGAUCCGUACAACACGACAGAAGAGAUGGAGCUGACGUGGAACAACUGUGGCAUCAUGUAUUCGAACGCUAGGCUUAUGUUCAAAGGAGAUCUGAACAUCUACGUGCGGACGGCGUCCCGCUACGACGAUUGUCGGUUGCUGCAUUUGCCCAACUUGAAGCUCACAUUCAAAUUGAACUGGGUGUGCUUGGCGAACCCGAACGAUCACCACGCGGUGGUUCCCUGCGCCCCGGACAAGCUGCCCGAGUACAGCAGUAACCAGGUGCACGAUUCGUUCCGGGCGUUCCGGUCGCAGCAUCUCAACAUUUGGGUGUCGUUCGAGAUCAAACAGAAUGCGUCCGAUAUGGACAUUCCGAACCUGGUGCUGUACGGAAGCACGCUGCGGUGGUUCGAGAGCCUGAAGCUGAUCCUUUCCGGUGUGACGCGUCCAACUCGCCGUGGGCCAGUGUUUAAUAAUGUGCGGCCGCGCAAGAAGCAGCUGAGUCGCCACUAUCGCAAAGCAAACCUGCAGAUGAGCUUGCACCGGUUCCAGAUCUUUUACUGGAUGUCGCACGCUCUCAAUCGGGGCUUCCAGUUGAGUGGGGGUAGGAUUACGUUCAGUUCGGAGCAUACGCUCACGCUGCUUCCGAUAGACGACGGGCUAAUCCAUCGGCCCCGGGCCGACUGGUCGGUGAUGUACAUGAACUGUGAGCUGAAUGAUGCCGAAAUCUGGCUACGGACCACACAGAUUAGCAAUGCUGAGCAACAGCAGCAACAACAGCAGCAACAGCAGCGUACUGAUACGAGCUCGGAGAGCCUUUCGAAUGCGAGCGGAGACAUUUAUCGGUACUAUUUUCUGAGCGUUGCAAGGGUUUCCUACGGGCGAGAGGCGUUGCUCUCGACGAAUGGCAACGAGCGAGAGAAGGACACCCCAACGCACAAGCUCGUCGUGUACGAUCUCAAGGGUGCAUGGACCAAGGACAACCGGGACGUAGCUUUUGCGCUGUUCGAUUCGCUGGUGAAGAGCCAGAAAUUGAAGAACAACCUCGCAACGGAAGCUCUCAAGUGUUUCCGCAAGGAAGGAGGCGGUGGUCCUGCGGCUGGAGGCACUGGCACUGGAGGAUCGUCCGGGGCUGGCGAUGUUGGGACACCGUUUAAGACUAGGAACACCGGCCAGGAUAUGCACCAGGGUGGUGGGGGUAUAGCUGGAACAACGUCCGGCACGGGUCACCUGGGUGCAAAGGGGAAGGCACAGCAGUCGAGCGAUAGUCUGGCGAUGUUGCAGCAGCUGAUACAAGAGGCAGACCAUAAGCCGCUGGUAUACAGUGACGAUCAGUCGGCCCAGACACGCCAGCAGCAGCUGAAGGGCCUGCAGGCGUACCAGGAGGGCGAUGUGCUGCACUACAACUGGGCGAUCUCGCUGGUGAACUCGCAGGUCCUGCUGAAAGGCUGUGAAACGUCCGGCUAUGUGAUACUGAGUGCGGCGAAGGCGGAAAUUCUGCAGCGCGUUCAUCGGCCAGUCUGGCGAGAUCACACGAUCGUCUCAAAGACUACCUGGGUCGGAUCGCUCGAGUGCAUGCAGUACUAUGCGACGGUCAGUGCUAACGAUGGUGACUCGCACGAGAUGGCCGAAAUAAUGUGGCUCACGGUGGACAACAUUCAGGAGAAGGACCGUGGCGAGACGGUGAUCAGUGAACUGCCGGAUCUGCCACAUCUUGUCGGGAGUGGGCAGAGCGUCGGUGGCGUCGUCUCGGAGACGGUGGGUGUGCUGGGCGAGAGUUGCUACAGUAGUGGCCAAAAGCCACCGAUCCAGCUGCAGCGAAUCGUGUCGCGGUGUAAGUGUGAAUUUUUCUACGUCAGCUACGGAGAUACGAGUAUCGAUCCGGGGACGAUAAGCGAAGUUCCGCCACCACCGGUGGAAGAAUCGAUGAGUCCUUGGGAGAAUCAGGACGAACCGGUCGAUGCGUUCACGCUGAUGCACCACGAUUUGGACGUGUGCACCAACUCGCUCCAGUAUGCGAUGAUCCUGGACAUUGUGAACAAUCUGCUGCUGUACGUGGAGCCCCAGCGGAAGGAGGCGCUGGAACAGCUGGCCCGGAUGCGCUUUCAGCUGCAGCUGUACAGCAGCGAGGACCAGAAGCGUCCGAUACAGCACCUGCAGACCGAGAUACGUGGCCUGAUGUCGAGGAUACGGUGCCUCGAAAAGGACGUGUACUUCAUCACGAAAGCACGGCUGGAGGAGGGUGACUCGGAGGAGCUACGGGUGGAGUACGACGAGGUGCACAAUAUUAUCAUGCACUACAAGGAGCUGCUGACGACGAAGAGCGACGAGCUGGACAUGAUGCUAUCGUGCUACAACGAGUCGCAGCUAUCCGCUUCGAACCGAUUGGCAACGUUCCGGAAGGACAAACCGUUAACGAUCGUGCGUGCGAACGAGAUUUGCUUCAAGCACGCGCAGUGGCGCCUAACCGAAGCAGACGGGCAGAUCGGUAUUGCCGAUCUCAUCCUCAGCAAUUUUUUGUACACGAAAAACUCCAAAAGCGACGACUCGGUCGAUCACCUGCUGGAGCUGGGCUACAUCCGCAUCAGUAAUCUGAUCCCGCGCGAUAACUACACGGAGGUGCUGUGCCCGACGGAAAUCCAACGUGACAUGCCGGUCGAGCAUAAGCGCGUGCUGCGCGUGUUCUGCCGCGAAAAACCUCCGGUAGGCGGUAUCUCGGUGAAGGAGCACUUCGAAAUAAAUGUCGUACCGAUCACGAUCCAGAUCUCGAAGAAGUUCUACAACACGAUGCUUAAGUUCUGCUUCCCUGAUCGUGACGAGGCGGACGCGGCUGACGAGCUGGAUGGAGGUAGCGAUGCGGCCAGCACGAGCGGUGCGUCCACCGGGUCGUCCGUGCCGUCGAAGGGUGGGGGCGGCCUGCGCAAGACGAACUCUUCCGCACUGGCCGGGGCAGGUGCUUCAUCGUCGUCCGGCUCCACGUCCGGUGGCGGGGGCAAAAAGUCUUCCAAGGAUAGUAACUUUUACGUGCGCAUUCAGGACGACGUGGAAAAGAUGAAGGAGCGGGCGGAGAAGAAUAAACUGUUCAUCUACAUUAAGAUCCCGGAGGUGCCGGUGAAGGUGAGCUACAAAGGCAAUAAGGAGAAAAACUUCGAAGACAUCACCGACCUAUCGCUGCUGAUACCGACUUUGGAGUACCACAACGUUACCUGGACCUGGCUCGACCUGCUGCUUGCGAUGAAGUCCGACAGUCGACGUGUGUUGUUGUCUCAGGCAAUAAAACAAAAGCUUAAACUAAAGAAAGCACUAGUCGACGAACAACCAUCACCGCAGGAGGAGGAUAAGGCAAAGAUGCUGUUCGGCAAUCGUCAUGCGCGGGCUCGGAAUAAGCCGGAAAACAAAAGCCUUCGCAAAGGUGUGUUCAAGUUUUCCAAAUCCUAAAUCCUAUUCGAUGGGGGCAGCGUCUCGAAGGAAGACCUACCAAAGCACAGAGCAAAUCUGUACGGUAAAGGCCCGCUUGGCUAGGAAGAGCAGUGACUUUUCAAUAUCAAAACGUAUCAAUUAUCAUCAGAAGAAUAUCCUUGGGCAUCCUAAUACUGCACCCAGGCGGAAGAUUUACCAGGACGGGUGGAUUAUGUGCGUCACUGCGUCGGUUUUACAAUUCGCACUCUCUUUAAAGAUUAAUUGGAAACAUCACUUUACAGCGUUUAGCCGUAUUUAGCCAAAGUUUUCCAGCACUCUCCUCCAGUGCGCAUCGUAGGGGGACAGGUUUACAUCCGUCUACUGAUGUUGGUAUGACCAACCGGGAGUGAGUUGCAAUAGGUUGCGUUUGAUGUUAUCGAACGCAAAUUGAUAAGAGAAAAAAAAAACUAAAAUGCACCAAACAACGUUAACGCUCAGAUGGCAAAUAGGUAUAAGAAAAGUUAGGAAGAAAGUAUUCUAUUGUGUGCUUAUUUUAUAAUGUUUGUAUUUCACUUUUGAAAACGUAUGCUAUUUAUGCUUACUUUGACCGGUUCAGUUCUAAUCGCAUUUAUUUUUAUUGUUUUUGUUCUGUCUCUCUGUAAUGUUAUCCCUUUGGAAAAAGUAUUAUCAUGCGUUUUGUGUCACAUCACUUAUAUUAUGUAUGUUGUGCCUAUGUAUUAUACCAUAAGUGCUUUGUUACCUCCUGGGAGUGUACCAUGCGUGAAAGCAUGUACACUCUGGGGUCACCAGAAAUCAGUGGCAAAUUUGUGACUGUUGAUUAAAUUAAAUUGAACAGAAGGUCGCUCGGUGAAAAGCUGUUUUGCAAUGAGUUGUGUGUGAAUGUUUUGGAGAUAAAGAGUAAGAAAAAAAAGUCAUUACAAAUUCUUCUAACCAAAAU